AUGGACAAGAAGCAAGACUCCAAAGGAUCGUUGGAGCCGCACAAACCGGUGAAAGGCAAGAAGAAGAGGGACCUGAGGAUAACAUGUGUCCCCAUCAAGCCACCUGUUGCCAACACCACGCCUCCAAGGAACUUGGACUCCAGAACGUUCAUUACCAUUGGAGAUAAAAACUUCGAGGUGGAAGCUGAUGACCUGGUGGCGAUUUCAGAGCUGGGCCGUGGAGCCUACGGGGUGGUGGAGAAGGUCCGGCACGCGCAGAGCGGCACCAUCAUGGCUGUGAAGCGGAUCCGAGCCACUGUGAACACUCAGGAGCAGAAGAGGUUGUUGAUGGACUUGGACAUCUCCAUGAGGACAGUCGACUGCUUCUACACUGUUACCUUCUAUGGAGCCCUCUUCCGUGAGGGUGAUGUGUGGAUCUGCAUGGAGCUCAUGGACACCUCCCUAGAUAAAUUCUACAAGAAAGUGCUGGAGAAGAAGAAAACCAUCCCUGAAGACAUUUUGGGGAAGAUGGCUGUGUCUAUUGUACGAGCCCUGGAGCAUCUGCACAGUAAACUGUCUGUAAUCCAUAGAGAUGUGAAACCUUCCAACGUGCUGAUCAACAAGGAGGGCCAUGUCAAAAUGUGUGACUUUGGGAUCAGUGGCUACUUGGUGGACUCAGUGGCAAAGACCAUGGAUGCUGGCUGCAAACCAUACAUGGCUCCAGAAAGAAUAAACCCUGAGCUGAACCAGAAGGGCUACAACGUGAAGUCGGAUGUCUGGAGUCUCGGGAUCACAAUGAUCGAGUUGGCCAUUCUUCGCUUCCCAUAUGAGUCCUGGGGGACUCCCUUCCAACAGCUCAAGCAAGUGGUGGAGGAGCCCUCACCCCAGCUGCCCACUGACCGCUUCUCCAAGGAGUUUGUGGACUUCACAGCACAGUGCUUAAGGAAGAACCCUGCUGAGCGAAUGAACUAUUUAGAACUUAUGGAGCACCCUUUCUUUACUUUGCAUGACACCAAAGAGACUGACAUGGCUUCCUUCGUGACAGAGAUCCUGGGGGAAGACUCCUAA